UUACUUAUCCCCAAAAAUAAAGUGAAGUGAAUUUGGAAUAGCAAAUUGUAACUCUUGUAGUUUUGAACAUAAUAAUAUAUGCUUAUUCAUCGCUCUAAGAAACGGCAUUGAUAAACACGACCCGGAAAUCUUGAAUAUUCUGAAUAAGCCAUUUGCUCACGUAUUUUCGACGAUUCUACAGCUACGUGACACACUCAUACGAGUUUGAAUCGUGCGUCAACAUGGUUUGUGUGCCUUGCUUCAUUAUCCCGGUGCUGCUGUUCAUCUGGCACAGAUUUAUCCAGCCAUACGUGCUUCGUUUCUGGAAUCCUUGGGCAGUGAAGGACGCGGAGGGAAACGUGGUGAAGACGGAAGCCCCCUUCAGUUGUGAAGGAGGCGUUUGUAUGUUUGGAAAGAAGAAGUUGGAGAACAAAGAUGAAGAUAAGGGCAGCGAAGCAUCAAAAGACGACAAAGAAAAGUGCAGUGAGCGACUAAAAGCAGAAUAGUUUGUUGUUUCCAUUGUUUCUUAAUAUAUCUUAG